GAGGUGACAACAAAUUUCAUUAAAGUGAAUUCUCAAAGAAGGCAACAGAAGAGAGAAGCAAAAUGCCGAAACCAAUCAAUGUCCGGGUAACUACAAUGGAUGCUGAGCUGGAAUUUGCCAUUCAGCCUAAUACCACUGGCAAACAACUCUUUGACCAGGUGGUGAAAACAGUUGGCUUGCGUGAGGUCUGGUUUUUUGGGCUGCAAUACGUGGAUAGCAAAGGUUAUUCUACUUGGCUUAAACUAAAUAAAAAGGUGACACAGCAAGAUGUUAAAAAAGAGAAUCCUCUACAGUUCAAGUUCAGAGCUAAAUUCUUCCCUGAAGAUGUUUCUGAGGAAUUAAUUCAAGAAAUAACCCAAAGACUUUUCUUCUUACAAGUUAAAGAAGCCAUCUUAAAUGAUGAGAUAUAUUGCCCACCAGAAACGGCAGUUCUUUUGGCUUCUUAUGCUGUCCAAGCCAAGUAUGGCGACUAUAAUAAAGAGAUCCACAAACCAGGCUACCUAGCUAACGAUAGACUUCUACCCCAACGUGUUUUGGAACAGCAUAAACUGACAAAAGAACAAUGGGAAGAAAGAAUACAGAACUGGCAUGAAGAACACAGAGGAAUGUUAAGGGAAGAUUCUAUGAUGGAAUACCUGAAGAUUGCACAAGAUCUGGAAAUGUAUGGAGUCAACUAUUUUGAAAUAAAAAAUAAAAAAGGAACUGAAUUGUGGCUAGGCGUGGAUGCUUUGGGUCUCAAUAUUUAUGAACAUGAUGACAAGUUAACACCUAAAAUUGGUUUUCCUUGGAGUGAAAUAAGAAAUAUUUCAUUUAAUGACAAGAAAUUUGUUAUAAAGCCAAUCGACAAAAAGGCACCUGAUUUUGUUUUUUAUGCGCCUCGUCUGAGAAUCAAUAAACGGAUUCUGGCAUUAUGUAUGGGAAACCAUGAACUGUACAUGCGCAGGAGAAAGCCGGACACCAUUGAAGUCCAACAGAUGAAGGCCCAGGCGAGAGAGGAGAAACACCAGAAGCAGCUGGAGAGGGCACAGUUAGAGAAUGAAAAGAAGAAAAGAGAGAUAGCAGAAAAGGAGAAGGAAAGAAUAGAGCGUGAAAAGGAAGAACUUGUGGAACGUCUGCGGCAAAUUGAAGAACAGACAAUGAAGGCCCAGAAAGAACUGGAGGAACAGACUCGGAGAGCUCUAGAGCUGGACCAGGAACGAAAGCGAGCCAAAGAAGAAGCCGAGCGGCUGGAAAAGGAGCGUCGGGCUGCCGAAGAGGCCAAAGCCGCUGUAGAGAAACAGGCUGCGGACCAAAUGAAGACUCAGGAACAGCUCGCAGCAGAACUUGCUGAAUUCACUGCCAAGAUUGCACUUUUAGAAGAAGCCAAGAAGAAAAAGGAAGAAGAGGCUACUGAGUGGCAACACAAAGCUUUUGCGGCCCAGGAAGACUUGGAAAAGACCAAAGAAGAGUUAAAAACUGUGAUGUCUGCCCCCCCUCCCCCUCCGCCGCCGCCACCAGUCAUUCCUCCAGCCGAGAGUGAGCACGACGAGCAUGACGAGAGUAGUGCCGAGGCCAGUGCGGAGUUGUCCAGCGAAGGGCUCACGCACCACAGGAGUGAGGAAGAGCGCGUGACAGAGACACAGAAAAACGAGCGUGUUAAGAAACAACUCCAGGCACUAAGUUCAGAAUUAGCCCAAGCCCGAGAUGAAACCAAGAAAACACAGAACGAUGUUCUUCAUGCUGAGAAUGUGAAAGCCGGCCGCGACAAGUACAAGACUCUGCGGCAGAUCCGACAAGGCAACACAAAGCAGCGUAUUGAUGAGUUUGAAGCAAUGUGGGGACCCAAACUGUACGCACUGUUCCAGAUGCGCUCAUGCCAAAGCAGCAUAAAGCAAAUGUAACCUUUAGGAAGAAGGCUCCCUUCCUCGCUAGGUAAGUACGACGGGUAGCGGGGCC